GACAGAGGCGGCGGCGGCGGCGGCAGACAUCUCCAGAGGACGACUGUCCCCGCAGUUUCAAAUCCCCUCUUUUAUGUCCCAGACUGUAUCGUAAGAGCGGACGGCGUCGAAGUUAAACGAGCAAACUUCUUCCGCAUGCUGCCCGCAGCCUCAGACUGCUCGAAUGAGCGACGAGAGCAUCUCUGCAUCUUCCGCCGAGUCAUAUGUGGCCUGCACAGCACGCGAGGUCGACGGAACGGGCCCGCAGGGUCUCCCAGACGAUAAGAGCUUAGCAGACAAACACAUGGCCCGGCCACGAGCGCUUCUCGGUGUGAUACCCAGGCAUUCGCGCAGCUUGCGGGCGAGGUGUAUCAUUGAUCGCGAGCAUCUUCUGACGAUAUCAGCGGGGGACGAGACCAGGCAGGAAGGGUUUUGCAGCGAGGAAGACGGCUCGGACACGAGAAUCGUGGAUGCAAUGACCAGUUGAGAUGCCGCCUCAAGUCCGAAACGGCAAGCUGAGAUGCAGAAGUGCUGGGACGUGUGCAUGCCUGAUAAGCCAUCUCCGUCGACCGCUUGAACCCAUGGAUUCCUUGUGCGAAGGAGGGGCCAAUCUGAUUGAGCUGACGGCCAGUCCAUGACAUAAUGCUCGUGAUUCAGGCGUUGGGACGCGUAGACAAGCACGGCCAAAUAAGCCCCACUUGCGCCGACGCGAGCAGCAUGAACGCGUCCCAGAAUCCCUUGUCGUCGCUCGCACUGCCCCCGUCCACGUUAUCCGCCCUCCUUCGCGCCGGAUACGAGACGACGCACGAUCUCGACGCAUCCAACGCCGAGACGCUAGCCCACGACCUCUCGAUACCCCUGCCGUCCUCCCAGGCCCUGCUCUCGCUCUCGCAGCGCAAGAACGCGACGGCGGACCUGCGGCGCCCGCCCCUGUCGCUGUCGCAGCCCGCGUCCGGCCUGGUGGGCCCGCCCGCCGCGCGGAUACGCACGGGGUGCGAGCCGCUCGACGGGCUCCUCGGAGGUGGAAUCGGCAGGGGACGCGUCGUCGAGAUGUCCGCGGCGCCGGGGAUACCCACGGACGCGAUCGCGCUGGGGCUGGUCCGGUCGUUCCUCGGCGCGGAAGCUGAGGGCGGGGGCGCGGAAGACGUCAUGGUUGUGGACGCGCAGAAUGGGGUCACGGUCAGUGCUCUGAGGAACGCGCUUCCGGGGACGAUGCACCGGCGGGUGUCGCACGUCGCCAUCAACACCCUGCCGCGGUUCGUGGCGUUCAUCGUCAGCCUGCCGUCGGUUCUCAGGACGAAACCCAAGAUCCGACUCGUCGUCUUCUCGUCCCUCCACACCGCGCUGCUCCCGCGAACCUCGCUGAAGCCGACGAGCCAGCUCAAAACAACUGUAUACGAACACCUGAAGCAGAUGCUCCUCAGGCUCACGGCCAGCGGCGUCACGGUUUUCAUCACGGCGGCGACGUCGACGAAGAUGCUCGAUGCGGACAAGUCGCCUGCGACGUUCAGCGCGUCCGCGCGCGCCGUGAUGGUCCCGAUACUCCCUGCGACAUAUCUCCCCAGCGCGUACGCCACCCGCGUCCUAGCGGGGUGGACCGGCGCGGGGACAUGUGUCUUGCGGGUGAUUGCGCCCCCUGGGUCCGGUGACGAUGCACCUGUGAAGGAGGAGAUGAUGGAGAUACCCUAUCGACAGACACGGGAAUUGUGAUUGUUGAACCGCAAAGCCUUGGAUCGCCCUAUUGGUUUGUAUGACCAUCUGCAUGCACAUGGUUCACCAUGAUCGCUGCGUAUAAAUUCUUCGUGGGUACUACUAUACCUCGGGCGUUACAGUUCGAAUGUUUCGAGUAUACAAAUGGCACACUAUGAUAGAUUUACCGUAACGAAAGGAGUGCAGCGCACCAAAUCAGUGAGUAUUAAUAUGGACAGGUGGUCAGAAACAAAAGUAGCUCCCUAGAGACCAGGGC